UUUGACCCCCUGUUGUUCUCGGUUCCCGGAUGCAUCCGUUUUGACAGCCCACAGGAAAGCAGAGCAUCAACAACCGUCACUGCAGGAAGCUAGCGGUAAAGGCAGAGAAAGAGAGACUUGGAAAACAGCGACUACGCCUGUAAAAUGGAAUGGAACUUACAGAUGAGCUGAGAGAGGCGUUGUCCGAGCACUCUCUUUGUUUUCUGAUAGGGGGCUUGGGGCAGCUGUUGCUAAGGCGUAAUGCCCGCCGAAAGUGGAAGCAGUGCAGCUUCUAGACAAGCAAAGCAGAAGCGCAAAUCUCAUAGCCUUUCAAUCCGCAGAACCAACAGUUCAGAACAGGAAAGAUCAGGAAUGCAAAGGGAUAUGUUGGAAGGACAGGAUUCAAAGUUACCUCCAUCUGUACGGCAAAAUCUUCUUGAGCUGUUUGGCCAAAUAGAGAGGGAGUUUGAAAAUUUGUACAUUGAAAAUGUUGAUUUACGGAGGGAAAUUGACACUCUCAAUGAGCGCUUGGCUGCUGAAGGACAAACUUUUGAUGGUGCAGACUUGAGCAAAGGACCAUUAAAGGCCAAAGCAAGUCAUAGUACCAGUCAGCUGUCUCAGAAACUGAAGACAACAUACAAGGCGUCAACCAGCAAGAUUGUGUCCAGCUUCAAGACUACCACUUCAAGGGCUGUCUGCCAGCUGGUUAAGGAAUAUGUUGGCCACAGAGACGGAAUUUGGGAUGUCAGUGUUACAAAGACACAGCCUGUAGUCUUAGGCACUGCAUCUGCUGAUCAUACUGCCAUGCUUUGGAGUAUAGAAACUGGAAAGUGUCUUCUUAAAUAUGUUGGUCAUGCUGGAUCAGUUAAUUCAAUCAAGUUUCAUCCAACAGAGCAAGCAGCUUUAACAGCAUCUGGAGACCAGACUGCUCACAUCUGGAGGUUUAUGGUGCAAUUGCCAGCUCCACAGCCCACAACAGACACAAGUCAGGUCUCUGCAGAAGAUGAUGUUGAUUUCUCUGAUAAGGAUGAAGUAGAUGGUGAUGGUGAUGUCUCUAGUGAAUGUCCAAUGAUCCGUGUUCCACUAACAACACUUAAAAGUCACCAAGGUGUGGUCAUUGCGGCAGAUUGGUUGGUUGGAGGAAAGCAAGUUGUUACUGCCUCAUGGGACAGAGCAGCUAAUCUUUAUGACGUGGAAACAUCUGAGCUGGUCCAUUCUCUUACAGGCCAUGAUCAAGAGCUAACUCACUGCUGUACUCAUCCUACGCAGAGGCUAGUAGUUACUUCCUCACGUGAUACAACAUUUAGACUUUGGGACUUCAGGGACCCAUCAAUACACUCUGUCAAUGUCUUUCAAGGUCACACUGAGUGGAGUGAACUGAAGUCCACUAGAAAAACUGCUCAACCUCCACUCCAACCCAUGCAGAGUCAAAAAUGUAGAAUCACUGUCACAUCUGCGGUCUUCACAGUCGGAGACAAUGUGGUUUCAGGAAGUGAUGAUCGCACUGUUAAGGUUUGGGAUUUGAAGAAUAUGAGGUCUCCAAUAGCCACUAUACGCACUGAUUCAGCAGUUAACAGGAUUAGUGUUUCUGUGAGUCAAAAGAUUAUUGCGCUUCCACAUGACAAUCGACAGGUCAGGCUUUUUGACAUGGCAGGAGUGCGACUGGCCCGACUUCCACGCAGCAAUAGACAGGGCCAUCGGCGAAUGGUUUGCUGCUCAGCUUGGAGUGAAGACAAUCCUACAUGUAAUCUGUUCACUUGUGGGUUUGACCGGCAGGCAAUUGGCUGGAACAUCAACAUCCCAGCACUGCUGCAGGAGAAGUAAAAGGAAUCUCCCACCAACUCUCAGGUUCUGAACUGUCGUUUUGCUGAUCCUAGAUCAUUGUAAUGCUGCCCUAUGGAUCUGAGUAAAUGUUAAUCUUCUCACAACACUGUGCACAGUUUGCAUGAAUUUCAGAUAUACUGCAAUUUUUGUGCUUUGUAUUACAUUGUAUCUGAUUUACAGUUAAGUUUGUUUUUGUUUUUGUUUUUUUUAGCCAUGCUCAAUUGCACAUUAAGUUAUUAUAGAAAAAUGCAAAAUCUAGAAGUCUUUUCAACUUGUGAUUUACAGCAAAUGCUGUGCUGCCAAACUGUCUGCGUACCUUUUUUUCUGUUUUUUAGAAAUAGCAUUAAAUGAUGUGGAGCUAUCUCCACAUUUUUUCACAUUACAGUGUGAAGCAACAAGCUAAUUGUAAAGUAGACUCUGUUACAUAUAAAGAAGACAUGGUCAUUGUACAGAAUGUUGUAAUGUGAAUCAUUUACUGCUAGGAUUUUUGAAAACAUGCCUUCAUAUAAACGUCUGCACGUAAUACUAUGUACAGUAGAUUGGAAUAAUAAUGAAAAAUGUUCAAUUCUUCCAUACCUAGUCUGUCUCUUCUCUACAAACCACAGUGCUGUUCCUAGGUCUUUGUGCAUUGUGUUCUUGUGCAAAGUCCAGCAUUUCUGAAACAAUUUUAUGUACUUCUGUACCCUUAAUUGUUAAGUGAUACAUUACUGUUCUCAUACAAUAUUGGAAUAGGUAUAUUUAAAUUGGGAAAAAUUAUACUGUAAAGCUGAAAAAUGUGUUGAAAUGACUUUUACCAAUAUAUUGAAACAUAACAGUAAUGCAAAAGAUGUUACAACACAGUUGUUUAUGCUGUUAUCCCAGUCAUCUCUUCCUUUCUGGACAAGCUUCAAAGAAACCCUAGCAAUACUGCUGCUGGUUCAAGGACCAUGCAGUUUCCUUCACCAGGUACAUUGUCUGAUCACAGUUUUUACUUACACUUUUAAGACCGAGUGAAGACUUCAGGGCUAUGCAGAUCCCUACUUCUCUUAUGCAGCACUUUCUUUACUGGUCAGAUCACUGGAGAACAUUGAGCACUGACUUAGGAUAAUGCUGAAGUGAUUGUUCAAAACAGACUAGUUUGGCAUUGAUAAAAUAAAAAGAAUUCGCCCUUGCUGCUUGUCUUGAACAUGUGUACCUCACGGCUGUUGUGUAUGUGUCACCAUAUCUAAAGAAGCUGAUUAUUUUUACUUUUCACGUGUGUUACAGCUUUCCAUAUUUUAAGGAAGCGUACAUGAUUUACAUUAAAUUAUAUACAAUUUGCCUUCUAUGUGUUUAAAUGUAACCACACUUUAAAGCUUUUUUUUUUCAUUUUGCCAUUCAUGUAUAGUCUGCUGAAUUUAUUUUCCUACUGUGAAAUAUUCAUCUUUCCUUUUGUUUAGUGAUAAUUGGUUGUCCGAAACUUCUGCCAUUUCUUUUUAAAUUACACUAACCUAAGAUUUCUUUAAUGAGCAAUUAUUCCAAAUGUUGACCAGGACUGAAAGGAGAUGCAUGUUACAUAGACUUGUUCUGCAUUUUUAAAGAAAAAUUUGUUUUAUAUGACAUCCAUUCAGUAUGAAGCUUGAAUAUGAACUGUUAAAAAAAACAGUUUUGUAUUGCCUCUUUCUUGAGUGGCUCACCAUUCACAGAGAAAACAUGGCAAUUCUGGUUCAGAAUCAUGAAAACAGUAAUUGUGCUCUUCCAGGAAAACCAAAUCAUUUGAUAUUUGUUACACAUAGUAAUUUAGCUUGAUGGUGAAAAUAGUUCUAUGUGAAAUGUAAAAGCUUGUAAACCUAAUAAAAUAUGAUGAUUUUGAAGUUU